AUGUCUCCUGUUCCGCCUCCUGCAUCCCCUGUUCCGGAUCCAGUGGCGCCUGCGCCUGCGACUCCGGCUGCGUUUACUUCUGCUGGAGGGGAAGAAGAGGACGAAGAUGAUGAUGAUGGAUACUUAAGUGAUGACCCGGACGAAGGCAUUGAGGUUCAUGUUAAGGGUGCGCUGGCGGCUAAGGCGCGCGUUACGCUGACGCUCCUGAUCCCGUUCGAGCUGGCGAAAGAGAUGCCUGCGGUGAAGCCUUCGGUGAAGGCGCUUCUGGUAUUCCUGCGAAAGAAGUUGUCGGACAAAGCUCUGGACGAGAUCGCGUUUCAGGAGCUGCUUCCAACAUACCUCUCCAAGAUUCACUUCAGUCGCCUGCAAGUCACGCUCGCGACGGCUAAAGAUGCGGAGGUGGUGCGUCAGCAUCGCGUGGAGCAUGUCGUUGGAACGACAAAGCAUCAGUUCGGCUGGCUGCAUCCGGUGAAUCGUGCAUAUGUGAAAGCGAAGUCUGACCUGCCAGAAAGUGUGGAAGUCCUGCUGAAGGGGAUCCCGGCGGAGAUCACACCACUCAUCGUUUAUGAAUCGCUGGUAGUCGCGAAGCUGCAGAAGUGUGGUCGCUCGGCAUUCCUGCAAGGCGCAGGCUUCCACCGCGUGGUUGACCCUGUUUCGGGAUUGGACACAGACAAGAUUCGCGGGUUGGUGGUCCCGCACCCAGGGGACAUGUACCGCUGGCGCCACGUGGUGGAAGACCCGCUCAGUGAUUCGGCAGGGGUGGUGAGGAAAAUCCUUUGCGACCCGGCGCUGGUCCUUAUCUCGACGGGAGCCAACGUGGAAGAAUGGCUGUGUGUCCAGGAGUGCUGCGAGCGUGCGCACGGCGACUCCUUCGCUCAGGCUGUGGCUCAUAUUGGCUCCUUCAGCCAUGGUGCGGCGCUGGGCUCGGCAGGUGUGGCGACCCGCAUGACCAAGGCGAAGCAGAGCCUGCAGGCGGCGAAGAAGUUGUACGGGAUUCGUGCAGAGAAGGCGAAGGGGAAGUAG